AUGGAAGUGGCAGGCCUUACCAUCACAGUAUUCCACGAGGUCUACGACCUGUACAUGUUUAUUAGCCAAGUGAUCGACGACGCACGCAACCAGGAGAAAGACCUCGGCGACAUCGCCUUCAAGUUCACCCACCAACACUCCAUCCUCCAGACCUUUGGCACACGCUUUAUCAAAGGCCGGAUCAUCUACAAACUCGACAGCACUAACCUCCGCCAGAUCAGCGAGCUCCUACAGCGACUAAAGAGCUCUGCCCAGCUAUAUCAGAACCUCUUUACAAAAUACACUCGGCAGGGGGACGAUGGAGGGUCUGAUGGACCGUGCGAAUGUACGGAUCCCACGCAUUUACGGCAAGAGACGAUAUACUCGUCGUCUCCGCCAGCGCCGUCAGUAAGAGGAGGGGGAGGCGUGGUGGAACGACUCCGGAAAAAGAUGUCGAAGGUCCAGUGGGCACUCUUUGACCGGCAGAGGUUGGAGGCUAUUGUCAACGAGCAUAAAACAUGGACGGAUAUGCUGUCUGAGAUAAUCAAGUGGGCUCUUCUACUAUACUCCGCCGAGGACUACGGCCAGACCAAGGAUCUCGAUGAGGACGCACAUCGCCUGGGCUUUUCGACCCUGACAACCAGGCGAAUGAUGAUUCUUGAUCCCCGCCAAUCCACCUCGGCACUCAAUCUCGAUUGCGGAGAGAUCAUUUUCAACGCACCGAAGCGACCCACUAAAAAGGAGGGUCCUCAGCCGACGGAGCGGACUUACUCGUGUGCCUCCGUGAAGGGACUGAAAUGCUUGAUCGAGUUCAAAGGAUACAGCUCACAGCACUACCACACCGACGGGGACGACAUCAGAGAGAGGAUCCAGUUCCUCGCCCGGCUGUUUAGCGUUGAAAACGACCACGUUUCCUCGGCGAGCCCAAUAACCAGCCUCGCCUGCCUGGGCUACUUCCACGAACCCGAGAAACGGCGAUACGGACUUGCGUUUCAGGUACCGCAUGGCUAUUCGGGAAGACCUUUCUCCCUGCUCGACGCCAUCGCGAAACUAGAAUCCGAUGAACGUCCAACCCUUGGAGAGCGCUUUGGUAUGGCCUACGCAAUUUCGUACGGCCUCAUGGAAUGGCACCUUAUAGAAUGGGUGCAUAAGGGAAUCAGCGGCGAGAACAUAUACCUCUUCCGUCCACACCGGCAGAAGCGCUGUGACUUCUCGUCCCCCCGCAUAGGUGGUUUUGAGUAUUCGCGGCCCCAAUUCCAAGGCUCGGUGGCCUCGGACAGGGUGUUCCGAAGAGGCAUUCGAACGAACAUAUACCGCCACCCGGACCGUCAGGGAAAUACGGCAAAGCCACAUCAGGUCGUGCACGAUCUGUACUCGCUCGGCGUGCUGCUCCUGGAGAUUGGACUGUGGAUGGAUGCAACCUCGCCGGAGCUCUAUCAGGAGAAGAAGCUCAAGCCUGCGGAGAUGAAGGAGCUCUCUCUGGAGAAGAAGCUCAGGCCGGCGGAGAUGAAGGAGAACUUGAUUCGGCAGGCACGCAGCAGGCUGGGGCACAUUAUGGGAAAGCGGUACUUGGAGGCUGUUUUGUUCUGUCUGCAAGCUGCCGAUGAGGACCAGGUACAGGGUGCCUCUUUGAAGCUAUCCGCCGCUGCGUUUAAAGAGCAUGUUGUGGAUGUUUUUGAGAAAGCGAGAAUGUAUCUGUGA